UUUCUUUCUUUCUCUCUGCUUGCCCGCACUUCCCGGAGACGACGCCGGAGGGAAAUCGUACGGAAACUUUGCUUCGACUUCACGUGUGGCUGGUUGGCCGCUCCACGAAGCGCUCUCUUUUUUUUCUCUCUCUAGAAAACUUCGUUUUACCACCCAAUCGAUCGAAACGAGAGGAGAGGAGAGAGAGAAGGUGAAUUCUGGUUUUGGUGGAGAGAGAGCGAUUCUCGGAAGAGGCAGAUAAAGAAAUAAGCGCAGCUUCUUCCUCCUCCUCCUCACGCGGUUGGACCUUUUCUUUUUUUUUUGGGGUCUUCUUCAGCUUAAAGCAGCAACAACAACAAAGAUGUCUGGUGUUGGCGAGAAUCAGCUUAUCUCCAUUCAACCUGAUGAACUCAAAUUUCUCUUUGAACUCGAGAAGCAGAGCUACUGUGAUCUUAAAGUUGCCAAUAAAACUGAGCACUAUGUUGCUUUCAAGGUCAAAACAACAUCUCCAAAGAAGUAUUUUGUAAGACCCAACACUGGUGUCAUUCAGCCUUGGGACUCUUGCAUCAUUAGAGUUACUCUACAAGCGCAACGAGAGUAUCCUCCAGAUAUGCAGUGCAAAGACAAAUUUCUCCUCCAAAGUACCAUUGUACCUCCACACACUGAUGUCGAUGAACUUCCACAAGACACAUUCACCAAGGACAGUGGAAAGACAUUAACAGAGUGUAAGCUCAAAGUCUCUUAUAUCUCCCCGUCUACUACCCAAAGAUCCUCUGAAUCCGGAGCAACAAAUGGUGAUGGACAGGGCUCAGAAACCAUCUCUACUAUACAGCGGCUGAAGGAAGAGCGAGAUGCAGCCGUUAAGCAAACACAACAGCUGCAACAUGAAUUGGAGAUGGUGAAGAGACGGAGAAACCAGAGGAACGGUGGAAAUGGGCUAUCCUUAAAGUUGGCAGCUAUGGUUGGACUCAUCGGACUCAUCAUCGGUUUCAUCCUAAAACUCACUUUAGCUUCUCCCACAUAACAACCCUCAGCUUAUCCACGUCGCCUACCAUCUCAGCAUAUGUAACUGCGGAAUCAAAAACAAUUUCACACAUUUUCGGGUAUCUUACUCUGUCCAUCCCUCUUCUUAAUCUUCUAAAUUUGCGUUAUUUCUAUCCAUCCCUCUUCUUAAUGUUCUUCUUCCAUCAAAUUUUUUCCCUUUUCAGUUUAUAUUUUAUGUACAUUUUUGACCCAACAGACCCUUUCAAUCAUUCGAGUUUCCUUCUCCACCUUUUCAAUCCUAAUCCUUUGCAUUGUUGAAUGUUGACCGCUUUGUGGAGAAGGAAACCUGUUGCAAUUAUUUUGUUAUCAGUUAAAAAAUAA